CCCCAGCGGGAGUGUUGUCGUAGUGGAUCUAAUGGAAAUACUGCGGACCAUCAGUUACCAACCGGCCAGCGGUGGCAAGAUGUGCGAGCCGGCAAUCGGCAGGGUGUGCGAUAACAGGAGGUGGAAGGUGCCGGCUGAUGGAGAGCAUGUCCACCACACCUGCCCUACCUCCACCGCCGAGGUCUCCAGGAUUAUUACCGACCCCGGCACCGGGAAGCGCUACUGCAGGGGCAAAGUGCUUGGCAAGGGUGGAUUUGCCAAAUGCUACGAAAUGACAGACUUGACAACCAACAAAGUGUAUGCUGCAAAAAUAAUUCCUCACAGCAGAGUGUCUAAACCUCAUCAGAGAGAAAAGAUUGAUAAGGAAAUUGAAUUGCAUCGGACCCUCAAUCACAGACACAUCGUGCAGUUUUACCACUAUUUCGAAGACAAAGAGAACAUUUACAUUUUGCUGGAAUACUGCAGCCGACGGUCGAUGGCUCACAUACUGAAGACCAGGAAAGUGUUGACGGACCCAGAAGUGCGUUACUACCUCAGGCAAAUCGUGUCAGGGCUGAAAUACCUUCACGAGCAAGAGAUCCUCCACAGAGACCUAAAAUUAGGAAAUUUUUUUAUAAAUGAAAAUAUGGAGCUGAAAGUGGGUGAUUUUGGGCUGGCAGCAAGAUUGGAACCUCUUGAACAAAGAAGAAGAACAAUUUGUGGCACACCAAAUUACCUCUCUCCAGAAGUGCUUAAUAAACAAGGACACGGCUGUGAAUCUGAUGUAUGGGCUUUGGGAUGUGUAAUGUAUACCAUGUUGCUCGGUAGACCUCCAUUCGAAACCACAAAUCUUAAAGAAACCUACAGAUGUAUCCGAGAGGCCAGGUACUCUCUCCCCUCUUCGUUAAUGUCCUCUGCAAAGCACCUCAUAGCAGGCAUGUUGUCAAGAAGCCCAGAGGACAGGCCCAGUCUGGACGAAAUAAUCCAACACGAUUUCUUCACACAGGGCUUCACACCAGAGCGACUUCCUUCAAGCUGUUGCCAUACAGCCCCUGACUUUCGCCUAACGAGUCCAGCAAAGAGCUUCUUCAAAAAGGCGGCUGCAGCACUCUUUGGGGGAAAGAAAGAAAAAGCAAAAUAUUUAGAUAAUCACAAUAAACUUCCAAAGGAAGAUGAAGAAAUCUACAAGCUGAGACACGACUUAAAGAAAACAUCAAUAUCUCAACAGCCUCAAAAUCCCACAACAGAUGAGGACAGCAAAACGGUCUCUAAACCAAGUGCUCCUGAAAAACCUGACAAGCAACAGAUGGGAGAUACAAUCCGGAUGAUUGUUAGAGGGACCCUUGGAAGUUGCAGUAGCAGUAGUGAAUGCCUUGAAGACAGCACAAUGGGAAGUGUCGCAGAUACCGUUGCUCGUGUUAUAAGAGGAUGUCUGGAAAACAUGCCUGAUUCAGAUUGCAUUCCAAAAGAACAGCUUUCCACCUCCUUCCACUGGGUCACAAAGUGGGUUGACUACUCCAAUAAGUACGGCUUUGGCUACCAGCUGUCCGAUCACACCGUUGGCGUAUUGUUUAACAAUGGAGCGCACAUGAGCUUACUUCCAGACAAAAAGACUGUGCACUACUAUGCUGAACUUGCCCAGUGUUCCAUCUUCCAAGCAACUGAGGCCCCUGAGCAAUUUAUUAGUCAAGUUACAGUUCUGAAAUACUUUUCCCAUUACAUGGAAGAGAAUCUCAUGGAUGGAGGUGAUUUACCAGGUGUUACAGAUGUAUGUAGACCAAGACUUUAUCUUCUCCAGUGGCUGAAAUCCGACAAAGCUCUAAUGAUGCUCUUUAAUGAUGGCACAUUUCAGGUUAACUUCUACCAUGACCACACAAAAAUUAUAAUUGCCAACCAAAAUGACGAGUAUUUGCUAACCUACAUUAAUGAGGAUAGAAUGUCUACAACGUUCCGCCUCAGCACUCUUCUAAUGUCUGGUGGAUCAAACGACCUUAGAAACAGAAUGGAGUAUGCCCUGAACAUGUUGCUUCAAAGAUGCAAUUGAACUGACUGAAAGCUACAGGAAACCCAAAGGACAUAACUGUCCUCCACUGUGAGAUCGAAGACGUGACACAUUGGAACGUAGCGUGUUGGAAAUGGAAAGUGGUACGAAAAGAACUUCCUAUGUGGUGCUCUGGGCUGGGACCAGACUGAAGCUCCAUUAAAUCCUGCUUUGUUGGCUUUUCCUCUGUGGAUAAAGUUGUUCUCUUGAUUGUGGAAAAUGUAUGUAAUAGUUUGAAGGAGCCAUAGGCUAUGUGGUUAGAAACAACGCAAUCUGACAAAGUGGGGUGGUGAUGAAAUUUGCUCCAUAGUGAGCAUUCAUAUGGAAGCUUUGUACUGUGAACUUUUCCCCCCCGAUUUCCUGAAGGGAUGUCAAACAUAAUGGACAUGGGAAGUGUCGGAAACUGGAAUCGCUGUGGAAUCGCUGUGAUCAAUGCAGCUGUGGCUGCUUAACUGUGAACUAUGGCCAUAAUUUUUUGUUUAAUUACCACAUUUGUGGCUGGACAAGUGCAUUCCUAGUUAUUAAAAUAAUUUAUUACAGCCCAAAGUGAUGUAUUUAUGACUAUUUUGGUCUUUAUUAUUUUAAGUAUACAUUGUUGGCAAUAAAGAAAAAUGAAAAAGAA